ACUGUCAAGCCCGAAAACAUCAAGCCAUCAGUCCAUCUUUUCAUAUUUCGACGCUUGGCAGCGAAUUAACGCAGCCCGAAAAUGAGUAGCGAAAGGGAUUGCGCCCUUUGCCUAACCAGCGAAUCCAAAUGGCUAUUGGACGUCUUUAGUGAAUCCAACCGGGACCUGCAUAUGGCAUCGGUCAUAUCGAAACACCUGUGGUUUGAUCUGAAUCCCGCCAGCGAGCCUCACAUUUGUAUGGAUUGCUGGACCACCAUACACAACUUCCAUCGGUACUACACCAAGCUCGAAGCCCUCCACGAUCGGGACGAUGGAAUCACAGUCGAUGAGUCGACCGCGAACGAUGAGAUGGGAGAGCUGAAAAACAUUGAAUUCCUCGAGGAAGAUGCCGAGGAGCUCCGGAUGCAGAUGAAACAGAUUCCCAAUGCUUCGUACGAUGGAAGCGAAGAGCAGGAAAGCCCCAGCAGGGGCUCGGCAAUUGAGAGAAAUAAGAAGUCAAACGAUCAGGAGUUUAGCCUUUUCGAAAUCGAGGUCGAGCAGGACGGAGAUGGAACGGUUUACCGACUGGAUGCAUUUGAAAACCACGAACAGACGGACCGGCCCGAAUCAGAAACCCGCAAACAGCCUGUUAUAUUGAACGGCCAAAUGAAACCGUCCAGUGCUGGGGAAAGUUCAACCGUCGCUAUCGACUUCUUCGUGCCGGAGGACGAACCGCCCGUCAAGCGUGGCCGAGGCCGCCCACGGAAGCAGAUCAAAGUAGAACCGGACACAUCGUUGCGGAUCAUUAAAAAAGAAAACAAUUCCAGCAUGGACGAGCACAACACCUCCCUGGAUUCGACGGGUGGCAACGAUGAGCAAGUGCCUGUUAAGCGUCGCCGAGGUCGUCCACCGAAGAAUGCGAGUGUGCAGCGAAACGCCUCACCAAUCGUACCCACCCCAAGGGCAAUAAAGAGAGAGGUAAAAACGGAGCGGGAAGACGAGGAUGCGCCAGACAGUGGUGGUACCUCACGACCCGAACGGAGAUCGACACGUGUGCGGAAGGCAAAAUAUUUCAGCGAUAUGGAGCAGGACAGCAAUGAGGAGGAGGAUGAGGAGGAGGAGGUACAAGAGGAAGAAACAGAGCCGAGCGAAUAUGAACCUGGCGAUGAUCCGGAGUACGAGGCGAGGCUGCAGCUUCAACGGGAACUGAAUAUGGAUGAUUUUGCCUUCUACGAGUAUCAGUGCAGUCUGGAGAACGAUCACGGUGCGCGCGAUAACAAGAUCUUUCAGUAUGUGGACGAGUUUGCGUGUCACGUCUGUGAGGAGAAAGUUACGUUCAAACGGUUUGCCGAAGCGCACUUGCACUACCGGGUGGAGCACAACCAGCCGCCGUAUCUGAAGUGUCCCAGGUGUGAGAAGAAAUGCCACACGCCGGGAAUGUUCGUGAGUCACAUGGAGACGCACGACGAUCCGGAGAAGAAUAAGUGCCAGAUUUGCGGCAAGUACACGGACUGCAACAUAUCGCUGAAGAAGCACAUGCGCGUGCACCAGAGCCAGCUGGAGGAGAACCUCCCGUAUCCGUGCAGUUUGUGCAAGCGAAAGUUCGAGACGGAGGAUCUGCGGGAGAAGCACGAGAAGCUGCACGUGCCGAAACCGCACGUACCGAAGGAGAAAGGACCCGACCACGAGGUGCUGGACUUUUACAAGGUCAUCGCGUGCGAUAUAUGCGAGGAGGAGCAGACCGACUCGCCGACGUACGACAACUUGAGCGACCUGCGCGCCCACAUGGUGAAGGAGCACAACAAAAACAUGUACCUGCGGUGUCCCUAUUGUUCCACCAGGCAAGUCAACCGGCAACAGGUUAUCACGCAUAUCGACAUGCACAACAAUCCGGACAAGUAUCGAUGCGAAGUCUGCAAGGAGGUGCACCAGAAUCUGCAUCAACACAUGAUGAAGGCCCAUGCGCCUACUACGGCGGACGAGGCGGACAAAAAGUACAAGUGCGACCAGUGUGGAAGGUCGUUCAACUUCCUGGCGAACUUAAAGAUGCACGUGGAUUGCGUCCACGGCGUGAAGGAUGUGAAGUGCAAUGUGUGCAACAAAUUCUUCAACUACAGAGCCUAUCGGACGCACAAGCGUACCGCGCACACCGACCUGAUGCUGAUGUGCGAGCUCUGUCCAAAGAUGUUCAAAAAUCGAAAGUCGUUCGAAGUGCACAAAGCUUCGCACGAGGGCCUGAUGCUGCGGAUGACGAACUGUGUGCUGUGCGGUAAGCUGAUACGCACCUGCAGCAUGUCGAAGCACAUGAAAACGAUCCACUCGGAGGAGGACCCGGUCAAUUGCGAUCUGUGCGGCAAAAUGUUCCGCACCACGUUCCACAUGAAGCGCCAUCAGAAGAACACGUGCGAGGUGACGAUGGAUUCGCGCUCCUUCAAGUGCGAGGUGUGCGGCAAGGGUUUCUCCACCAAGCUGACAAUGAUGGAACAUAUGACGACGCACACGCGCACCAAUCAGUAUCAGUGCGCGUUCUGCUUCAAAUCGUUCGGCUACAUCUCGAACCUGUACAAGCACCGGAAGAAGGCACACCCGCUCGAGUGGCAGGAGGUGCAGGCGCACCCGGAAGAAAACAUUGCAUCGGUAAUCGUCGUUCGAAACUGAAGUGCUGUGGUUUUCUGUUUUCCUUUCUUUUGAUAAACUUUCAUUUUGGCCGUUUACUGUACAGAACUCAGCAGUUUCUUUUCCACCCGGCCACAUUAACAGAUGGGACUUUUGUAAGCGAAAGCGUAUAGUGAGGACUAGUUUAGCAAUAAAGUAUUUUCCAUAUUUGCGCUCGGUGGAACGCAUUUCGAAAGUGGUGAACAAUGUUGCAUCGUAAAACAAAUUCCGAAAAUCCAUCUCAAAUGUCCGUUGCACAUUUCGAAUGCAACGGGAUUGCUCACACUAACACACACUCACACGCGAAGGCACUUUUAUCAGCAACGCUACCCGAAGCUCGGGCGCUGAGAACUCCAGUUUACGCUCUUUGUGGCCACGAGUACGGUCGUUACUUUGUUGGACGAUAUUCAGAUUACGAAUCGUGUCUACGACGACGACGGUGCAGUAAUCCUUCCGCUUUACACUUGCAUCUACACUUGCGGAUGCAGGUCGAGAGAGAAGCGGGUUGAACGCGACACUGGGCCGAACAACAGAGCAAUUCGAACGCUACAGCUGAACCUUGGCGGAGGUACAUUUUCUCGUAGUGUUACAAUUGAAGCGAAGUGUGGAUAAGAAGGCCGAGCGGCAAUUAAGUGAUAAGCGACGACGACGACUAUCAGAAAAAGCACAAAGUAUAAUGGUUCGCCUAUUGACCUAAUCGCCAAAGACUUUCGACGGCGCACAGUGGUGUUGUUGCCGUGGGCAGUGAAUCUGUUUGGUAAGCAAGAUUACAUCAAAUCACACAACGCAAGCGCAAUUAAUAUGUGUCUGGAACAAAGCGAAUGAAUGGUGAAAGUGUUCAUGAGCGGUGUGUUCAUUUGAAAAAGUGCACCCAAAGAGAGACUGCAACAGGCAGAACAAGCGUGAUCUUUUGCAUUUCGACAGAGGCACGACAGUGGGCUGAGUGUCCUUUUCGUCCUUCUUUACCUGCGGUCCAGGCAAGGACGUGCGCUAUUGGUUGAGGGAGGCAAACGAGAAGGGAGAAACGCAGCCGAAAAUGUACGCCAAGCUGAACGGUCGCACUGUUGCUGGGAACGGACGAAGGUACCACCAACAGCAUAGCUACUGCUGGCUGCUGGCCUGGAUAAGUGCAGCAUUUUUGCUCGCGUCUAGACACACCGGCAUAAUGCCUUGCCUGAACGUACGAAACAAUGAAUGCUCCAUCUGUCAGCACAAUAUUGCCGGGACGCAGCGGCUGGAGGCGCUCUGUGGCCAUACGUUCCAUCGCCACUGUCUGGCAUUGUGGAUGCGCACGUACGCCUUUUGCCCCGACUGUCCGCGAAGGAUGUAGCUCAUUAGAGCGAGCGAGCGUGACGAAAGUGGGGCGCAUUAUACUGGCUCUGACUGAUUGGCAAACAAGCACGGACCACAGAGCGUGCGAACUCAACACGCCCCUAUCCAUUGGGGGAUCAACAGCUUAUAGUUGUAAGGUUUAGAAAAGAUAAUUUAGUUUCUUUCUACUUUUUGUACGACUUUCUACGUACCGCAAAGUAUUGUACUUUUUAAUAAUGGUUUGUAAAGUGAAAAUAAAAAUGUGUGUGCAUGGCUAAGGUAUUUGAAA